AUGCAGAAGCCAUGGAGGAAACCUGAGCCGGCGACACACACCGCUACCACCGCCGUGCCGCAGAGGAGUGUGCACGGACCUCCGCAGAGGAUUAGGUGGACGUUGGAGAGUCGGCCUCCUCUCUGGGUUAACCCACUGACGAACCGUCGAGGAGACGAUGGAGCGGAUCUCAGGGAAGUGUGGGUUUGUUUGUGGUGUCUCCAGCGGCGUUUGUGUCGCCGUGAGCGGAGAGAGCGUGUGAAUGUGAAGGUUUGGUGA